UCAGGAGAGUGUGUGAACUCCGCCGUGUGUGACACAUAGGACGUAGCGGGAUCCCCCGGCAGUAGCGGCGGCGGCAGCGCACCCGGGCGGCUCCGGAGCAGGGACAGCCAGGCGCCACACUCACAUUGUACUCCUUUAUAAGUGAUGAUGACUCUCGCCCUGCUCAUUAAUAGGGGCGGCGGGCAGGUGGAGAGGACGCAGGGCUGAGCGCCCGCAAAACUUUCCUGCUGCUGCCAGUGCCCACUGAGGGUCAGGGGGAGGUAACGUGGAGGGGGCGGUAAGAGAGCAACUAGGGGGCGCAAGUCCGAGCGGGGCAACUGAAAGAGGGGAAGCUAGGAGGGGCAACAAGCCAGGGGGCAAGGAGUGGGCAGAAAGCUAGGGGGGCAGCAAGGAGGGGCAAUUAGCCCAGGGGCAGGAAGGAGGUGAUCCGGGCGCACAGGGAGCGCAGUUAGCACCACGGGGGAGGUCAAUAAGGGAUCAAUAAGCAGCAUUUUGUCAGGCAGCAUGAUGUCUCCGGCGGCUCAGCCCUCCUCUCCAGCAUGUCAUGUCUCAGUCGGGCUGCCUGGCAGAUCAGCAGAGGAGGCGCAGCGCGAGCAGCUGUAGAGAAGGCACCAGCCGCCGCCGCAGCCCGGGGAGCGCUAAGCCCGGCGCAGGGCACAGAGGCGCAGCCACGGGGCAGCCCCGCGACACCAUGCCGGCCAUCAAGAGGGAGAGACCGGAUCGCGAGGAACUAGCCCUGGCAGCCUUCAACCAACCCAUGGACACUAUCCCCGGAUACCUGACCGCUGCUAUCCCCGUGGUGACCCCGCAUCCUCCAGCCUACGAGCACCUCUUCGCCACCCAUGCCCACCGGGCGUACCUGGGCUUACACGAGCCCCACCACCCGCCUCUGCCUGAUGACCUCAUGCUGGAGAGGUUCUCCUCCAUCCCGGACUUCCAGCCCCUCUUUGAUCAGGGGGAGCCCUGCAUAGAGGUGGAGUGCGGCGAGAACAAGGCGCUGCUCUACAUCCAGAAGUUGUGCCAGGGCAGCAAGGGGCCCUCCAUCCGCUACCGGGGAGAGUGGCUCACCCCCAACGAGUUCCAGUUUGUAAGUGGACGGGAGACGGCCAAGGACUGGAAGCGGAGCAUCAGGCACAAAGGGAAAAGUCUGAAGACUCUUAUGUCAAAAGGAAUCUUACAGGUACAUCCUCCAAUCUGUGAUUGCCCUGGGUGUCGAAUUUCGUCUCCAGUGAAUCGGGGGCGACUAGCUGAGAAAAGAACUAUCCCACUUCCACCUAGCCGGAUACCGAAAAAGGAACCCUGCUCUCUGUUCUCCCCAGGGGAUGAGAGUCCCAAAGGCAAUGGAGAAAUCCAUUCUGUAAAGCUGGAAGAGGAUCUGCACAUUAGUAUCAUGAAAAGAAGGAUACGAGCGCAUUGGGACUUAAACAUCUCCUUCCAAGACUCCUCCUGCAGCCGCGAUAGUGACCUUACCAGCAUCAUCUCCAACCUUCAUCAGAGCCACCAACUCGUUAUGCCUGAGAAUCAGAGUAAGAGAAACAGUCAUCAGCUCAGUUUUUCAUCUACCGAUGACUUUUUAGGCAAGAAGCGAGAAUGCUCUCCCAACAGUAACAGCGAGUGCCCACUGGAAAGCAAGAAAGCCAGAAGCGAGUCUCCGAAGGAAAACUCCCAAACUCCUUUGCUGGAGGAGCAAUUGGCUCAAAUGACCCCCGAGGAGCACUACAGACGUAUGAUGUCAGCACUUAAUGAGCAUGGUGGUUUUGAGGAGCAGCAGCAACGGCUGUACCAACUGGCCAACACCAUGGCAGUACCUACUCACAGCGAUCUGCUUCGGGCUCGACAAGAAGUGGCAGCUGCUGUGGUGCGAAACCCAGGAGCAAUGGAAGCUCACAUCCCCACCUCCAGCAGCUCCUCAAGCCAGAGGAGGAAGCAAGGCCUGCCGCAGCACCGGGACACGUCCCACUUCACCGACAGGGAGCUAUCUCACCCGCCUCCACUGUUGUCACCACAAAAUGCCCCUCACAUUGCCUUGGGGCCCCACCUGAGACCACCUUUCCUUGGGGUGCCCUCCUCCUUGUGUCAGAGUCCAGGUUAUGGUUUCUUGCAACCAGCCCAAGCUGAAAUGUUUGCAAGACAGCAGGAAAUUCUACGGAAGCAGAACUUGGCCAGACUUGAAAUGUCUGCAGAAAUUAUACGCCAGAAGGAGCUGGAGAAUCUACACAGACAGCGACUGCUAGCUGGUGAUCCACUGACGCUUCACCCGGGUUUACCUCCUGACCACCCUGCAUUGCGCAACAUGCAUGAGCUCCCCGAGGGUCACCCAUUAAGAGAGGAACUUUCCAGAAGGAAUGCCAUGCUUGUCUUAAGACACAACAACACCCCAUUACUCUCUCUGAAUCAUCAUGGGGGCCAUAGUGUGCCUCCUCCCAAGGAGUCCCAGACUGGUAGGAGGACCAGUCGAAAGUCUGCUCAUCACCGGAUGGAGCCUCAAGGAAACCACAGUGAAACAAAGGAACUCUUGGAUCAACGUGUAAGGGAGGGGGCAUCUGAUGGAAAUGAUGAGGAGAUGAAAGAUUCAGAGAGCGAAGCAGAGGAGAAGACAGACAGUCUAAGGGGUGAGCGUGGUGCCUCCUCCUCAUCCCAUGAACUGCAAGAGGGUAAAGAUCCUCUCAAAGGAGCAGAGUCUCUAAAAGAGUCAAAUGACUCUCACACCCACCAAAGCCUGUCAUGUGUUCCAUCAGAGUCACCUACUAAUCUUUUGGGACCAGGAAUCAACAAAGGAGAUGCAAAAUAUUUGCCCUCCAGCUCAGUGCCUCCACCUCAGCCAUUUCCUUUUGGUUUCCCCUAUGCUGUCAACCCUUAUUUCCACACAGGUGCCAUGGGGGGGCUCUUCCUGGAUGGAGAGGAGAGUGUGGUGCUGGAGGACCUCAGCAAGUGGACAGUGGAGGACGUCUGCAGCUUUGUAGGCAGUCUGUCUGGCUGUGCUGAAUACACACAGGUUUUCCGGGAGCACUGUAUAGAUGGGGAGACUUUGCCGCUAUUGACUGAGGAGCACUUACUGAAUAACAUGGGUCUGAAGCUUGGCCCAGCACUAAAGAUCAGAGCACAGGUUGCUAAAAGAAUUGGACGAGUCCUCUACAUGGCAAGUUUUCCAGUGGCAUUCCCCCUGCAGCACCCGAGCCUCCGACCAGACAGAGACCUGACAAGCAAUGAAAUUAGACCGCCCUCUACUGGCAGUGCUGGAUCUCCCUUCCCCAGUGCACUCCUUCCCCCGAGCCGCAUCUCACCGAAACACGAGAAUGGCAAUGCAGCAUACUUAAAUGAACCUGCUAAAUCUCUCUCUUAACCGUGCUCUGUCAUAUAGCUGGAUACAUUAACCUCUGCGUUGUGGAAGCCGGAGCUUUGAACCAGAAGGGAUACUUUUCUUCUGGGUAGCUGCUAUCCCUUCAGCUGCUUGAGAGACUAAAUAACUGAGAGGGUUUGCAUACAGUGUAAAGAAAAGGGGGGAAAAAAGCAAAUAAUGGAAAAGCCCUGCACCUUCAACGGGUGAAACAGAUAAAUAUAUGUAUGUAUAUAUUUUUAUUUUCCAUUGACACCUUUGUAUAGCGAUCAAAGAGAGAUUGGUGGACGACCAUAUUCCAGCAUUCACUGGAAAUUUGCAGAAGAUUAAACGAGAGGGACAAGGAUAACAAAACUUGGCGGAUGGAACAAGUGAGACUGGCACGGUCCUACCCGGCCUCAUCUAUAACUGCAGCCACAAGGGAUACCACCACCAAACAGCAGAAUAAUAAAGGCAAUGAAACAUACUGUAAGACUAAACCAAGGAUCCUGAAAGGCUUUCGGUUUGUGGGUAUUUGUGUGUUUGUCUGCCUCGCCCCGCUUUCCUAUGCAGCUCCAGCAACUUAAUAUUGUACCAAAGAGUAACCGCGCUGCCUUGCUCCUGGCUGGCGUCGGUACAUUGCUGGAAUUGGGUUCUCUUUUAGUCUCUACUGCACCUUUAGUUUCUAACCCAUCCUUGAUACCCUGAAAUAGAUGAGUGUCCCACGCAUUCUGCCUUGUUUUACUUCGCUUAAGUGAAGGAGUGGGAUAAGGGGGAUCGACAUAUUCUUCAUCUGCUUUGGACAAUCUUUAAUCAGCCCCUUUGGUAGUGAGUCUCCUAAUGGACAGCAACAACCUGGCAGGCGAUGACUGUCAUGGACUCUGGGGUGGGACUGCUGAACUACUGCAAAUGGACAGAAAUGCCAUGUUACCCUCGAGUUCUGUCAUGGGCACCCUGUGAUACAGGCUGAUAUGGUACGCACCCAUGUGAGGGUUUUUUUUUUUUUUUUAAUUUUCGGUUUUGUUUACAUGUUUUGGCAUCAUCUAUCCAUGCUCAUCCACAGAUGUUCAUUUCUAUUGGAAUUGUAGAUCAGCGGUACAGUUAGCAAUUUUUUUUUUUGUUAUUAAAACUCCGACCUUAACAGAUCACAGAGUAUGCUGCAUAGCAGCAGAUGCAAAUAAAUGAAAACUUAUUCAAGUCA